AUGACGACAAUAACGACCCUCACGACAACGACGCUGGACGAAAAGCGCCCGGCUAUCUACCACGAAGAGCUCCUCAUCGAGCAGCGAGAAAAUACCCGGGUUACAUCCCGAACAGGUCAAACGGUCAACACGCCAAGUUUGACGCAACGAGCGUUACUCUUACACGCCGCCCAGCAGCCCUACGCCCUGGUGACCGAUCAUGCCAUUCCGACUCUCCUUCACAAGGAUGAAAUCCUGAUCAAAGUAACAGCCAUCGGGCUGAACCCUAUAGACUGGAAGGGCCCAGCAUUCAACUUCGGCAUCCCCAGCUUACCAUGGGUGAACGGGCGCGACCUCGCCGGGGUGAUUGUGCAAGCCCCCGAAACCACCGGCUCAAGUUCAACCUCGCGCCUCCGAAAAGGCGACCUCGUCCUCGUCCCCUCGACAGACUACCGGGACAUCCGGAAAGCCGCGUUCCAAGAGUACGCCGUCGCGACGCACUUUAACGCCGCAAGGAUUCCCGCGACCAGUUGCGCGCAUGCGGCUGCGUCCGUGGGUGUUGCGUUUGUCGCGGCGAUCCUAGCGCUGGGUGUUUCGUUUGGGGUGGAUUUUCGGGGCAUACAGCAAUGUCCCGGGCCGAAUCUGGUCGAGGUGCUGGGGAAGGUUGAGCCGGGGACGAUACCGGCUGAUGUGCGCGACGAGUGCUUUGCGUCGAGGGAGGAGAUUGAGAGACCCAAGGCUGGAGACUGGAUUGCUAUUUGGGGUGCAUCAACAACAACCGGCCUCCUAACCCUACAAGUCGCGCGCCUCGCGGGUCUGAAAACAAUCUGCGUCGCCGACAUAGCCCGGCACGGCGCGAAACUGCACGCUGCCGGCGCCGACAUCCUCAUCGACCGGCAUGACACGUCGCGGGCGCUGGAAAUCAUGCGCGGCGUCACGGGCAACAACCUGCGGUACGCAAUCGACAUCGUCGGCCGCGAGACGUCGACACUCUUGCAAUCCGCGCUGAACCCGGAGAUUCGACCGGACGGGUCGCAUGCGCAUCUUUUGGGUCUGACGGGGUUACCGAAGGGGGAGGAGCGCGAUGAGAGGGUUGUGUAUCAUACGGUUCCGAUUAAGUUGUUUCAUUCGUCGCCUGAGGUGGGCGAAGCGAUGGUGCUUUGGUUGGAGGCGCUGUUGGAGAGCGGGACGCUGGAACUGCCGGAGAUUGUUAGGGCCGAGGGGGGGUUGGAGGGGGUUAAUGGGGCGUUAGAGGUGCUGAGGCGGGGGGAGGCGAGUGGGAAGAGGAUUGUGCUUUCUUUGGAGUAG